GGUGAAGAGAGGUGAUAUCGACAAGGCAGAAGCAGCACUUACAUACCAAGCUGUGAUGACGAUCAAGAUGGGCGUUGUGCGGCGAGCUAGGCCGCGUUUGUACCGACCAAGGCGUCCGGUGGUUGCAGGCGUGCCGGCCGGAAAAGGUCGUGAAACGUUUUUUAGCGACCAACCAGGCCGGCCAUCGAGGGCGCCCAUCUGUGCCAAGACUCGGGCUCGGGCGCUACGCCGCGGCCGGGCACCUCUGCCCGCAGCGGGGUCCAUCCUGGCGGUCACGCCGCCGCCAAACAUGGCGCUUCAUACCCGCAGGCUCGCCCGUGAUCUCCGGCACGCCAAGGCCCGGCAGUCGGCGUCCGCUGCGUUCGACGCGGCGCGAGCAAAGGCCACACCACUGCCACCGCCGCCACCGCGGCUUGCGCAUCCGCCGCUGUCCCCACCACCGCCAUCGGUGGUCGUGCCGUCGGGCGGGAUCGAUGCAGCUGAUGUGCUGGCGCCUGCUGCUUCGGCGUCGACUCGCAAGCGCGCCGGGAAGGGUGGCCGCCGCAAGCGCAAGCGCAGCCGCGCCGCCGGCCAACCGACAGCCAAGCGGCGCGGGCUCGCGUGGGAGGGAGCGGGAGCAGCCGGUAGCAAUGAUGUAGAGGAUGAUGCAGGCAGCGGAUGGGCGGGUGAGGUCAACUCGGCCACACUCCUCGGUACCGCCAUCGGCCUCGGCGAGCUGGUGCCUGUCCAUGACUUUGACUUUUCGUGCGACCAAGAAGCAGCUCGCUACUUCACCCCACAACCUGACACGAGCAUGACGUACGUGCCUCACCCGCUCACCCGGCUCUCAACGCUGUUCGACAGCCCGGCCCGCGCGGCCGAGGCCGGGAACCAGACUGUCAUCGGCAUCUUUGACACCGGAGUCGACCCGGGCGCGCCAGGCCUGGCGAGGACGCCCGACGGGCGGCCCAAGAUCAUCGAUCUUGUCGACUGCACCGGCUCGGGCGACGUGACGAUGACGCCGCUGGCAGUCCCGGCUGCUGGCGUGGAAGCAGCGCCGUCUGAUGCGGCGGCGGACGGCCGGCGAGUGAUUGUCUCGCCGGUCACCGGCAUUCCGCUCGUCCUCCCGGCGGCGGACGCGCUGACGCUCGAUCUCACCACACUGCGGCACGGGACCAAGGCCGGAUACGAGCUCUUCCCGCGGCCGCUCGUCAAGCGGCUCAAGGCUGAUGCGGCGCGCAAGCUCGACGAGGCUCACGGCGAGCUGGUUGCUGCCGCGCACGCGGCGGACGACGCCGACGCUGUGGCUGCGCUCAAGGCGCUCAAGGCGAGCAACGAGGUUGUCGCUCGCGGCCCGGUCUUUGACUGCCUCACCGCGUUUGACACCGACGCGCAGGUCUGGCGUGCUGUCGUCGAUGUCGGCCGCAACGGGCAGGUUGCAGACCCGGAAGCGUGGCUCGCGCCGUUUGGUGUCGAGCACAAGUGGGGCACGUUUGAGCUCGACUCGCUGCUCAACUACGGGAUCAACAUUUACGACGAGGGGGCGACGCUGUCGAUUGUAGUCGACUCGGGCUCGCACGGUACGCACGUGGCUGGUAUCGCCGCCGGCUACCACCCGGACGAGCCGCAUCGCAACGGGGCGGCGCCGAGCGCGCAGAUCAUUUCGUUCCGCAUCGGCGACGGCUUGCUUGGCGGGAUGGAGACCGGCGUCGGUGUCAUUCGCGCCUGCCAGGCUGCCGCGGUUGCGGCAGAGGCUGGUAAGCUCGACGUGGUCAACAUGUCGUUUGGUGAGCACUCGCGGCUGCCCAACUCGGGCGCGGUGGUCGACGCGCUCAACGCCAUGGUCAACGACCACGGCGUCAUCUUUGUGGCGUCGGCCGGCAACGAAGGCCCCGGACUUUCGACCGUGGGCGCGCCGGGCGGCACAUCGUCGUCGGCCAUUUCUGUCGGCGCAUACGUGAGCCAGGACAUGAUGUCUGAGCUGUACGCCAUGCGCAACGCGACUGGCAAGGACUCGCUCUUCACCUGGUCGUCGCGCGGCCCGUCGUUUGAUGGCGAGCUUGGCGUGACUAUCUGCGCGCCGGGCGGCGCCAUUGCGCCGGUCCCACAAUGGACGCUCGCGCCUGGCCAGCUCAUGAACGGGACAUCGAUGAGCUCGCCGCUCGCGGCGGGCUGCAUCGCUGCUGUUCUGGGCGAGCUCAAGGCCAAAGCGCCCGAGGCUGCAGCGAGCCUCACGCCUGCGCUGGUCAAGCGGGCGGUCAUGGCCUCAGCCCGUCCUGUCGACGGCGACGCCGGUGGCGAGGCUGUUGCCCACGCCGCAGACGGUGGGCCGCCGCCCAAGUACUCGGUCCUCACCGGCGCCGGCAUGAUUGACGUUCCCCAGCUGUAUGCGGUACUUGAGAGCGUGACUGCCAGCGCGUGCCCGAUCCUUGCCCUUCCAUGGGAGGUGAGCGUCUCUGGAGUGCCCGGUAUGUACGCGCCGGCGGCACGCGGCAUUUACCUCCGCGACGCAGACUGCUUCACCGGUAUCCACGCGGCCGAGUUUGUGGCGUCGGUCAAGGUUAAGCCGGUGUUUCCGCGCGACACGCUCGCGAGCGCCAAGCUCGUUGCCGCCGACGUUGUCCUCAAGGCUUCUGCCGAUUGGAUCUCAACGGCGGCCUCGUUUGCCCUCACCUCGGCCGGGCGGUCGUUUGAGGUCGGGUUGGCGACAGCCGGGCUCGAGGUUGGCCAGGUUCAUGUUGGAUGGAUCGAGGGCUUUGUGGCCGGCGCCCCUGCCGACGCGCCGGCGCUGUUUGUGGUUCCAGUGGUGGUGACCAAGCCACUGACCGGGAUCGACGAGCUGCAGGUCGGCGGCAUCCGACUCGGGCCAGCCGAGGCCAAGCGGUUCUUCCUCUCGCCGCCGCCAGGCGCCAACUACAUGAACGUGCGGAUUUCGCGGGCCGGCGAAGGCGCUGAGGCGAGCACACUGUACAUGAUGCAGGCGAUCUCGGUCCGCGACGACGCGUUCUGGUGCGCCACGCCGUCAGACGCGGUUGUCCGCUGCACCGGACAAGGCGAGGUGGCCAAGGCCUUCCGGGUCUUCCCCGGUGUCACCGUCGAGCUUGUCGUCGCCCACUACUGGGCGUCGGGCAAGCGUGCCGAGCUCGACAUCGAGGUCUCGUUCACCGGCCUUGGGCCUGAGCCGCUCGCCGGCCCGCUGUUGGUCGACGGAUGCGCGGCCGGCUACGCGCGGCUGGACAUGGUCAACCCGCGGUCGCAGCCCGUGUCGGCAGCGCCGUUUGCCAAGGCCACCCAUUCGGUCGUGGACCUUGCGCCGACGGGCCCGCCAAAGGUCUCGGUCCUCUCGGCAGAGCGCGACGCGUUCCCGAACCGCCCGCCGUCUGUGGAGGCGGUCUUUGAGUAUGGGCUGGAGAACCCAGGCGCGGCUGGGCCCGAGACCGACGAGGUCACGCUCAAGGUGCCGAUCAUUUCGGAGCAUCUCUACGAGUCCCCGCUGGCCGGGCAACUGGUGGUGGUCCGCGACGCCGCCGGCAGGCUAGUGAGCGCACAGGAUGCGUGGCCGCAGCCAGUCAAGAUUCCGCGCGGCAAGCUGAGCGUCACGGUCGCGCUCCGUGCCGCGAGUAUGGCCCACCUUGAGCCGUACCUGACCGGCACUCUCCCGCUGGUUGUGGUCCGCAAGCUCAAGUCAGAUGUGGCGCUCGAGCUUUACGGCUCGUUGGCCGGGGCCAUGGCCCGCCGCGGAAGCGACAAGGUGAAGCCGUGCGCGAUGGGCCCUGGCCGGCGCGCGGUGUACUUGCUCGCGCCCGAGGUCGAGGCCGGUGUCGUGCCGGCUGGCGGCGUGCUCGAGGGCUCGUACGGCUUUGUCAAGGCGCCGGCGAGCCUCGUCACUUCGCGAUCGGGCAAGGUCCAGGAGGUCCGCCCGCUCGUCGUCCGCCCGCGGGUGAAGGCCAAGGGCAAGGCCGCUGGAGAAGCCAAACCCGAGCCCAAGGCCGCUGCCGAGGACAAGGCUGCUGCUGAGAAGAAGACCAAGCUUGCAGCGCUCAAGUCGUGGCUCAGCGUUGUCGGCGCCGACGGAGUCGAGGCUGCGGUCGCCGCCGCCGGCGCGUCGGCCGGCGCCUGGCUCGCCGCUGCCGACGCGUUUCCGGAGCGCAAGGCCGAGUAUGCUCAGCGGGCGGUCGACGCCGUCGACCAGGACGCUCUUGCCGCGGCGCUUGGCCGCGGCGAGACCGGUGCAGCGUCGGAGAAGGCCGACCUCAUCGCCGCGCUGGUCGCCAUCGCCGCGGCCUCGGGCGAAUGGGGAGGCCUCGAGGCGUGGGCUACGCCCGAUGAGGUGAGCAAGCUCACCGGCGGAUGGAAGGUUGCGGUUGAUAAGUUUGUGGCCGACGGGCGGCCCGCCGCCGCCCUCACGGUUGCCAUGGGCGAGGUGUGGCGGCAGCGGGCGGGUGCCAGUGGCGCGACGGCCGGCGGCGACGAGGCGGCGGUCGCUGCGGUCGUCGCUCUCCUCGGCGAGCUUGGGUGGGGCGUGUGGCAGGGCGUGUGGCUUGAGGCGUAGGUUUACUCCCGCAGCGGAGACAUGGCAGCAGCUACGACGACUUGGACUUGCCGGUCAUCGAGGUAAAGGCAGCUUCAGAGGA